AGAUGUCUGUGUUGUAGACGAAUGAUAAGUCACCCGGUUUUGAUAACACAAGACACAACGACGAUAUUCUCGAUCGUAAUCCUAUCAUUCGUAAUUAUUCGUAUCCGAUUUUUAAUUUGAAUUUUAUAGUCCAUCUACAUAAUUUAACUACCUAUACAAUUGUUUUGAUUUUCUCCAAGCUAUUCCGAGAACGGUCGUUGUGAUCUUGCAUCAUGAUGUGAGGACAUACGUUUUUAGUGUUAUUUUCAAAGCUUUGUAAAAUGGAGAAUAAACAAGUUGUUUUUUUCCCUAAAACGUUGUUAGGGAUGAGUGACGUAACGGUUGAAUUACGAGGAUUCAUCAAACUUAUGAAAAACGUCAGGUAUUAUUUUGUCCUUCCGAAUUAUAUAAAAAACACCAGCACAGGAUGUAAAGUGAAGACAAUUGGCCACUUUACCAGAACUGAUUGUCGGGCCUGUUUCAAACGCAGAGUCACUAAUAUUUUGUGCAUAACUGAAAUCAAUGGGAAUUUGAACGCCAGUUUGUUGCCAGGAAAACUUGACAAUUUCGUAUUGGUCAUAUAUGAUCCUUCAAGAUUGUACGACUAUGGGACACUAUUCAAAUAUGAAGGUGAUUCACAGAAAUUUAUUUGUUUCAUAAUGCUGUCAAAUUGGCUAGCUAGUACAGAAAAUGUACAGAAACAUUAUCAUCUGUCAGAAGUUGUGAUAUUUCAGAGAUUUACCAAAUAUUUAUUGAUUAUACUUAAUGUGCUUAUAAACAGCCUUGAAACAAAGAUUGUACAAUUUACAAUAUUACGACUGACAUUAUUUAAACACAUAUUGGGUGUAAUGAAAAACUAUGUGUGGCUAGUAGACAAUCUCAUACAUAAUAAACACAUUUUAUCAAGAGCAAAAUCAAUCAAUUAUUUGAUGUCAUGUAUUUGUGAUGCAGUUUUUGGAAUAAUAAUUCUAUAUAUACUCAAUACUACAUUUACUUCGUCAAACGAAUUAUUUUCCUACAUUUCAAGUAUUUCUCAUCAAGUUAUUAAAGUGCUACAGGGUACAUUGCAAUGGCUUAUGGGCAGUCCAGCAGGGUUAAAACUCAAUGAUCCUCUAAACAGUUUACUUGGAACAUGUUUUCUUUAUUUAGUCAAUCUUUGGUGGUCUUUUUUAGUAUUAUGUCGGCCAUUUUUGGAGUUGACGUUUCAAGUUUAUGUUUUCAUUGGUAUUUUUGGAUUAUCUUACCAAAUAGCAAUCUUAGAAGAUGUAUUGGCGAUUGUCAGUUUUCAUGUUUAUUGCAUUUAUGUAUACGCAGCAUGGUUAUAUAACUUGCAACGUAAGAGUCUCAUGAUAUUGGCAAAACUUUUCGUGGGAAGAAGUUGUAAUCCACAACCAGGAAGGACUACACCUUACACCACACAACAGUUGUAUGUCGGAACGAUAUCAUUUGCAAUAUUGUUGUUUCUAUUACCGACAACUUUGAUCUACUACAUUGUAUUUGUAGUUAUGCGAACAAUAAUGGUUAUGGCAAGAGGGAUAUUGAUACGGUUAAGGUAUAUGCUGCAAGUUCUUCCUGUGUACACAACUUUGAUAUGGUUUGUUAAGCCGAGCAGUUCUGCAGGUAUAAUAAAAAUGAACAUAGUCAGAAACGAAAAGUCAAGUACAGUGGUUUUGAACACGACAAUCGUGGCAGAUUCAUGGUGGGCCACAGUGAAGCAUUAUCUUCCAGAAUUGGUUGAACGGCCACCCUCAGUAUCUUGGAUAACAUUGACAAAACGUGUUUGCACAGGUAAAAUAUUGUAUCCAAUAUAAUUGAGGAGAUACAAAUACAAGCAACUUAGAACAUUCAAAUUAAAGGAUCCAUCUCUGAAUCGUAACUGUUUGAAAUGAAAUACUUUGUUGUACAUUUAUUUAUUUAUUUACUUAUGUAGUGCAUAUUAUAUGCUCCAGUGAAUUAUUGAUGCUGUUCAGAUAAUGAUCAAAUUUUUUUUUUUACAUUUUAUAUUGUAAUAUGUGAAAAUCUUAUUUGGUUUGCAUAAUAAUAAAAAAAUAAAAUAUUAACA